UUAUUUUGACUUCCGGUUUACAUUCGCUUUCGAAGAGCGAAUUAUCAAUUUUGUCACAGAAUGUCAAAACGACGAAUCGACGUUGGUGACAGUAUGUCUACCAACAAAAAGAACAGAGAGGAAGAUGCGAGUGGUGACAAGGUUGAUGAAAACAGUGGGAAACCUCAAUCUAUUUUUCAACAGUUCAAUAUACCUCGCCCGACACUGCAGUUGAACCCUUUCACAGGACUACCCUUUACUCCAAGAUACUAUGAACUUCACAGAAAGCGCACACAGCUUCCUGUUUGGGAAUAUAAAGAACGAUUCGUGGACAUGGUCACCAAACAUCAGACUAUUGUGCUGGUCGGAGAAACUGGCUCAGGAAAAACAACCCAGAUUCCACAGUGGUGUCUGGAAUGGGUAAGAGCUCGUAGUCCCAAAAAAGGAGUGGCUUGUACUCAGCCUAGGCGAGUGGCGGCAAUGUCAGUUGCACAGCGUGUGUCAGAAGAAAUGGAUGUCAGUCUUGGUCAAGAAGUCGGCUACAGCAUUAGGUUUGAGGACUGCACAUCCCAAAAAACUUUACUAAAGUAUAUGACAGAUGGUAUGUUGCUGCGAGAAGCCAUGUCAGAUCCACUGCUUGAAGCUUAUGGGAUAAUCAUGCUUGACGAAGCUCACGAACGUACUCUUGCAACAGACAUUCUCAUGGGUUUACUCAAAGAGGUAGCAAAGCAAAGGUCUGAUCUGAAGAUAAUCAUCAUGAGUGCAACUUUGGAUGCAGGGAAAUUUCAGACCUAUUUUGAUAAUGCUCCUCUGAUGAGCGUUCCUGGAAGGACACAUCCUGUGGAAAUCUUCUACACACCUGAGCCUGAGAGAGACUACCUGGAGGCAGCCAUUAGAACAGUCAUACAGAUUCACAUGUGUGAAGAGAUGGAAGGAGACAUGCUUCUUUUUCUCACUGGUCAAGAGGAAAUUGAUGAAGCAUGCAAGAGGAUUCAAAGAGAAGUCGAUAAUAUGGGACAGGAUGUUGGAGAUCUGAAAUGUAUACCAUUGUAUUCUACACUGCCACCAAAUCUACAACAGAGGAUUUUUGAGCCUCCACCUCCCAAGAAGCCCAAUGGAGCAAUUGGAAGAAAAGUGGUGGUGUCGACAAAUUUAGCAGAAACUUCACUCACUAUUGAUGGUGUUGUCUUUGUGAUUGAUCCAGGAUUUGCCAAGCAAAAGGUGUAUAACCCAAGGAUCCGAGUGGAGUCGCUGUUGGUGACAGCCAUUUCUAAAGCUAGUGCUCAGCAGAGAGCGGGUCGUGCUGGUCGUACGCGGCCAGGCAAGUGCUUCAGACUGUACACAGAGAAGGCUUACAAGCAUGAGAUGCAGGAGAAUACCUACCCAGAGAUCUUGAGGUCCAACUUGGGAACUGUUGUGCUUCAACUGAAAAAGCUGGGAAUCGACGAUCUUGUGCACUUUGAUUUUAUGGAUCCUCCAGCUCCGGAGACACUGAUGAGAGCCCUGGAGCUUCUGAACUACCUGGCUGCUCUAGAUGAUGAUGGAGAAAUCACAGAGCUGGGCUCCAUGAUGGCAGAAUUCCCUCUCGACCCCCAGCUAGCUAAAAUGGUCAUUGCCAGCUGUGACAACAAUUGUUCCAAUGAGGUGCUAUCAAUCACUGCCAUGCUGUCAGUCCCUCAGUGCUUUGUGCGACCCGUGGAGGCUAAAAAGGCAGCAGAUGAGUCGAAGAUGAGGUUCGCUCACAUUGAUGGCGAUCACCUCACCCUCCUCAACGUCUACCAUGCCUUUAAGCAAAAUCAUGAGGAUCCACAGUGGUGUUAUGACAAUUUUGUCAACUUCCGUUCUUUGAAGAGCGCAGACAAUGUCCGUCAGCAGCUGGCUCGCAUCAUGGAUCGUUUCAACUUACGAAGAUCUAGCACAGACUUCACGUCAAGGGACUACUACAUCAACAUCAGGAAAGCACUUGUGGCUGGAUUUUUCAUGCAGAUUGCCCACCUGGAGCGCACCGGCCACUACCUGACUGUGAAGGAUAGCCAGGUGGUCCAGCUUCAUCCGUCCACAGUGUUGGACCAUAAACCGGACUGGGUACUCUACAAUGAGUUUGUACUCACCACCAAAAAUUACAUCCGCACGGUGACCGAUGUCAAGCCAGAGUGGCUCAUCAAAAGGGCACCUCAGUACUACGACAUGGCCAACUUCCCUAUGUGUGAAGCUAAGAGACAACUGGAGAGAAUCAUUGCCAAACUACAGUCCGGGCGGGGAGGAAACUACAAAUAAGACUUUGGGGAUCAGGAAGGCACACAGACAGGAAACAGGGGGAAGCUGAGACCAAGCUUCUUGUUGAGGUCUUGUUCAGAUGUAUGGCUGAGGAGAAGUUGUAUUUUGUGAGAGACUUGAGAGCAUGUUCAUUGUGUGUGUGAGUGGCCAUGGCUUAGUUUUUAAUCAUGGCCUCUGUUCCGCUUGUAAUACAAUCUUUCAUUUGCAUUCGUGUAAAUUCUUAAUUGUUUCUCGCUGUUUGUCACAUCAAUAUGCUUAAUUGUUCAUUCUCCUAACCAGUGCAGCUAACUGGAAAAGGAUAGAUGAAAAAAGAUUCAAACAGUCCCUUUUUUUAAAAGGUAGUUGAAUAAAAAUGCUUAAGUCGAAAAUGUUUGUUUCUCUUCAGUGGUUGUUUGUAGGAGAUAGUAAAUGAUUUCUAUCAGCUGUUUCAUCGAUUGUUUUAUUGACAAAGAAAUCACAAAGUGUAUUUUUAAUGUACGUUGUCAAGGAUUCUUUUUUUGUGUGUAUGUCUUCAUAUUUGAAGUUGUAUUUUGAGAAAUUUAUUUAGUAUGUUCCUGGCUUAUUGUAUUUGGGAGAUAUUUGUGGCUAAUUGCUUAGCCGAACUAGACCACUAUGUGAAGGAUUAGAGAAAGUUAAUAUAAUAUCAAAAACUCCUGUUGUUCUUUUCUAGUAUUUUUCAAGAAUUGCAAAACUUGAAAAGAGUAUGCAAAUUUGAAAUUUUUGAAUGCGAGUUAAAAAAAAAUAUAGAAUUUCACUUUACGUUUUCACAAUUCGAAAUGGUGAUUGGUUUUCAAGGGGUUUUGGAGUAAUUCACGAUGCAAACUGAAUCAAUUGCUGUCAGUAUGUUUGUAAUUUGUAAUCUUGCAUUCAAAUGAUACAGAUUUGUUUUGUACUCUUUUCUUUUUUUUUUCACUUUUCCAAAAUAAAUUGUGCAAUGCGUUUGAUGAUUUUAUCAUAGGUUCUCAUUUUCUAUUUUCUCCUACGUUAUUUCAUAGUUUAUGAACCAGGUGCUAAAUGUAGGCUACCAGGUUUAUGCAUGUUUAAAGUUUAAGUGUUUUUCCCAAGUAUUGGGAUAUCAUGUUGAUUCAUCUGAAAGUUCCAUGAUUCCUGCGUCGCCUUGCUCAUUGGAGAAGAAAGAAAUCUAGACUUUAAAAUUUUAAUAUCUCUAGCAUUUUUCAGUUGGGUUCCUUGGUAUGACUGUUCUAUCUUGUUGAGGUCAAGAGUACAUUGCCCUUUUCAUUGUGUAUUACCAGCUUGGCGCUUGUCUGUCAAACAUGGUUUUUAUGUUUUUCAAAAAUAAUGCAGUUUCAUUGAAAUGUCUUGUUUUGUUUACGGUUUAGUGUUAUGUUUUCAGCCUUUCAUUCAAAGUUUAACGCAGAUGGUCAUGGACCCAUUCUUUUUAAAGAGUUACGAGCUUCUGUGGAAGAUGGGAUCCUAAUUUUUAGCUCUACUAAUUAUAUAUUAUAUAUAUAUAUAUAUAUUAUAUAUUUUGUGCCUACAGAGGCAGCAGUCAUCAAGGAUUUUGGUUUAGUUUGAAGUAGAUAAACUUUGCACUUUCCUGCAUUAUCAUCAUAAGUAGAAUUCUCCACCUAAAUGCACACCAUACAAAGGCACACUCUGCUCAAACGUACACUUUCACAUUACUGGCUACCAUUUAGGCGACAAGAAUACUCACAACUGAAAAUUAAAUGAGCCAGAACCUCGGCAAGCCUUGUCAUUACAUGAGGCCAUGAGCUGUAUCUUUCUCUUUUAUAUUACAAAACAGCAACAAAUGAUGGUACCAAAAGUUUGGUUAUUUACUCUUGGCUUUUAUUCAGACUCUGACACCGUGUCCAAAGUGUAGUGGUUAGGUAAUUUGUCACUCACCGGACAGUUUGAUUCACCUGUGGGGAAGUUUUUUUUAAUGAAAUGUUUCCUGCUCCCAGCUGAGACAAGUUCUCAUAAAUGGUGUAAACUAUGUCAGUGGGGGCGUGAAUGAUGUAGACCUACAAUUUUUAUUUAUUUAUUUUACACGACUCCAAACCAAAUUUGUGUUGUGGCCUCUUCGUUUUUGCACUUGUUUCUGAGGUUGAGAAUCUGUUAAUGUUGUCAUAAUGUUCUUUUUAACAUGGACACUUUCAGACUCAAGAGGAGAGUUAACUACUGAUGAAUGGCAUUGUUUGAUCUCCCUAGAAUACACUGGUCUCAAGUAUGAAUCCAACUCUCAAAUGUUUGGAAUUUGUUGUAAAAUUUUGAGGCUCUGCAAUGUGGCUCCUGUAGAGCAGUACGUCUUUAGGUACAGUACAAUAUCAUUACUGUGUUGUUUGAGGUGUAAGAUUCAACUUUUUCAUGAGCUAGAACCUCGGCAAAGCUGCUAAAAAUACACCUAUAAAAUUAGAAUUGUCUUGGUUUCAUACAUUUCUAUUAUGUAAUUACUUUCAGUAAUACGCAUGUGACUGCCUUGAGUAGGGACAAGCAUUGUAGAUUCCUGCCGCAUCUCAUCUCUGUAUCGGAAUAUGUUGUUACGCUUUGGUGGGGACUGAUUGCUUUCUUUGCAAUGAAAAGUAAUAUUCAUUUUGUUAUUUUAUUUAUGUUUAUGCUGGUGAGCACCCUUCAGAUGUCAUGUUUUGUGGUUCCUACAAAAUAAAUGUUUUGAGAAGUCAUGUCUAUGAAAA